ACGCCUCAACCUCCUUACCCCACCAACCACACCACACCACCAUCUCUUCACCAUUACAAAAAUGCCAGUAUCACCUUCUCCUUCACACCAACAACACUCCACCACCCCAGCUUUUGUUAGGGUAUUUGAUAUAAAAACAAGAAAGAUUGAGCAUCCUCCUGGAAAUAUUGAAGUUAUAUUUGAUUUCUUUAAGCUAUAGGGUGGAAGUAGUAAUUGAGCAAAGAUGAUGGAAUCUGGAGUUCCUAUAUGCCAUACCUGUGGUGAACAGGUGGGUCUUAAUGCAAAUGGAGAGCUGUUUGUUGCUUGCCAUGACUGUAAUUUCCCCAUGUGCAAAUCUUGUUUUGAGUUUGAGAUCAAGGAGGGAAGGAAGGCAUGCUUGCGUUGUGCCUCUCCUUUUGAUGAAAACUUGUUGGAUAAUGGUGAUACAAAGGCAACUAGCAACCAAUCCACAACGACAUCUCACCUCAAUAAUCCUCAGGAUGUUGGAAUUCAUGCAAGACACGUCAGUAGUGUUUCAACAGUGGAUAGUGAAAUGAAUGAUGAGUUUGGGAAUCCAAUCUGGAAAAAUCGAGUGGAGAGUUGGAAAGAUAAAAAGCACAAGAAGAAAAAAAGUGCUCCUAAGCCUGAAAAGGAGCCAGCUGAAAUUCCACCCGAGCAGCAGAUGGAAGAAAAGCCGUCUGGGGAGGCUGCAGAGCCACUUUCAGAACUUAUUCCACUCUCACCCAACAAACUCACUCCAUACAGGGCUGUGAUAAUUAUGCGAUUGAUCAUUCUGGGGCUUUUCUUCCACUACAGAUUAACACAUCCUGUGGAUAGCGCUUAUGCCCUAUGGCUUACUUCAGUCAUAUGUGAGAUUUGGUUUGCAUUUUCAUGGGUGCUGGAUCAGUUUCCUAAGUGGAGUCCUGUCAAUAGGAUAACAUACAUUGAUAGGCUAUCCGCAAGGUAUGAGAGGGAGGGUGAGCCUUCUCAGCUUGCUGCAGUUGACUUCUUCGUGAGUACUGUUGAUCCAUUGAAAGAACCUCCAUUGAUCACCGCCAAUACAGUGCUUUCCAUCCUUGCUCUAGACUAUCCUGUGGACAAAGUCUCCUGCUAUGUUUCUGAUGAUGGCGCUUCCAUGCUUACAUUUGAAUCCUUAGCAGAAACAGCUGAAUUUGCAAGGAAGUGGGUUCCAUUUUGCAAAAAGUUCUCAAUUGAACCAAGGGCUCCUGAAUUUUACUUCUCUCAGAAGAUUGAUUACUUGAAAGACAAGGUGCAACCUUCUUUUGUGAAAGAACGUAGAGCAAUGAAAAGAGAUUACGAAGAGUACAAAGUUCGUGUAAAUGCCUUAGUAGCGAAGGCUCAGAAAACACCUGAGGAAGGUUGGACUAUGCAGGAUGGAACACCUUGGCCUGGAAAUAACACGCGCGACCACCCUGGCAUGAUUCAGGUUUUCCUUGGAAACACUGGAGCUCGCGAUUUAGAAGGAAAUGAACUCCCACGACUUGUAUAUGUGUCCAGAGAGAAGAGACCUGGCUACCAGCAUCACAAAAAGGCUGGUGCUGAAAAUGCUCUGGUGAGAGUGUCUGCAGUUCUCACAAAUGCUCCCUUCAUCCUCAAUCUUGAUUGUGACCACUAUGUAAACAAUAGUAAGGCAGUUAGAGAAGCAAUGUGCUUCCUGAUGGACCCACAAGUUGGUCGAGAUGUAUGCUAUGUACAGUUCCCUCAGAGGUUUGAUGGCAUAGAUAAGAGUGAUCGAUAUGCCAACAGAAACGUGGUUUUCUUUGAUGUUAACAUGAAGGGACUCGAUGGCAUUCAAGGACCAGUAUAUGUGGGAACAGGUUGUGUAUUCAAUAGGCAAGCACUUUAUGGCUAUGGGCCUCCUUCUAUGCCCAGCUUGCCUAAGAGUUCCUCCUCCUGCUUUGGUUGCUGCUCCAAGAAGAAGCAGCCCACAAAAGAUCUCGCUGAGGUUUAUCGUGAUGCAAAACGAGAGGAUCUGAAUGCUGCCAUCUUUAACCUUACAGAGAUUGAUAAUUAUGAUGAGUAUGAGAAAUCAAUGCUGAUCUCCCAGUUGAGCUUUGAGAAAACUUUUGGCUUGUCAUCUGUUUUUAUUGAGUCUACACUAAUGCCUAAUGGAGGAGUACCUGAAUCUGUCAAUCCAUCAACACUCAUCAAGGAAGCAAUUCAAGUUAUUAGCUGCAGCUAUGAAGAGAAAACUGAAUGGGGAAAAGAGAUUGGUUGGAUAUAUGGUUCAGUCACGGAGGAUAUCUUGAGUGGCUUCAAGAUGCACUGCCGAGGAUGGCGAUCAAUUUACUGCAUGCCCGUAAGGCCUGCAUUCAAAGGGUCUGCACCCAUCAAUCUGUCUGAUAGAUUGCAUCAGGUUCUCCGGUGGGCUCUUGGGUCUGUGGAAAUUUUCUUGAGCAGACACUGUCCUCUCUGGUAUGGGUAUGGAGGAGGACGUCUUAAAUGGCUUCAAAGGCUGGCUUAUAUUAACACCAUUGUUUAUCCUUUUACAUCCCUCCCUCUCAUUGCCUACUGUACACUUCCAGCAAUUUGUCUUCUCACAGGAAAAUUUAUCAUACCUACGCUUUCAAACCUGGCAAGCAUGCUAUUUCUUGCCCUCUUCAUCUCCAUUAUUGUAACUGCAAUCCUUGAGCUACGAUGGAGUGGUGUAGGCAUAGAAGAUCUGUGGCGUAAUGAGCAGUUCUGGGUGAUAGGAGGUGUAUCAGCCCAUCUCUUUGCUGUCUUCCAAGGAUUUCUGAAAAUGUUGGCAGGCAUUGAUACCAAUUUCACAGUCACUGCAAAAGCAGCAGAGGAUACAGAUUUUGGGGAGCUCUACAUUGUCAAGUGGACAACAGUUCUGAUCCCUCCAACGAGCCUUAUCAUUAUCAAUAUAGUUGGUGUAGUUGCUGGAUUCUCUGAUGCACUUAACAAAGGAUAUGAGGCAUGGGGGCCUCUCUUUGGCAAGGUGUUUUUCGCCUUCUGGGUGAUUUUCCAUCUGUAUCCAUUCCUCAAAGGUCUCAUGGGCCGCCAAAACAGAACACCAACCAUUGUUGUUCUCUGGUCGGUGCUAUUGGCCUCUGUCUUCUCUCUUGUUUGGGUGAAAAUCAAUCCAUUUGUUAGCAAAGUUGACAACUCGGCCAUUGCUGCAAGCUGCAUUUCUAUAGAUUGCUGAGAUCCCAUCAAGACAUUUGCCGCCUCUCUUUUCACCUCAUUCAUGGGACUUUUAAGCCUUUGGAGACUAGGUAUAUGCCUGUGAAUAUGUACACUUCCACUCAUCAUGAAAUUGAGAAAUGCAGUUUUUUCUCAACUGCAUUAUGAUAUAUUCCAGUAAGUUUUGAACAUACCAAUCUUUUUUGUUAUGAUGUUUACCGUGAGCAAAAUUGAUGCAAAGAUGAAAAUUUGUUGAUUCGUAUGAAUAGACAUUCUCUACGCGUCCUAUCAA